GCUGUCAGUAAAGGAUAAAUUUUCCAAUUUUCAUUGUUUGCUUUCUUUCCGGGAAAUGUUAAUGACAUGACAUAAAUAUCAAAUCAUUUUAAGAACGAUUUAAUCGAGUUGUUGAGGAUACUGAAAUCAUGAAUUCAUCCGAAGCGGUGUCAUAUUACGUAGGAGUGGAGCAAAUCUUUAAUAUGGUUGCCAUUCUGAAUUUAACUGCGUAUCAAUGGCCAGAUCAAGCGUGUGUUCACAAUGGAUCAGAGUUCGAUUUUAUAGUGGUUGGCGGUGGGUCAGCAGGAUGUAUAGUUGCUAGUAGACUUGUAAAAACAGGCAAGGCCAGUGUGUUACUUAUAGAAGCUGGACCAUAUCCUCCUUUGGAAUCAGAUUAUGAAGGACUUUUCCCAUUUUUAAAAGAUAGUAGGUAUGACUGGAAUUUUACGUCAACCGAGAACGAAUUGAUUGGAGAGUACCACACUAAAGAUGUUAUCCACAUGUCUUCUGGAAAAAUGCUGGGAGGUUCUAGUUCUCUGGGCUUUGGUUGCUACAGGCGAGGAUAUCCUCACGACUACAACGAAUGGGCAGACAUCACUAAUGAUACAUCUUGGUCCUACAAAUCAAUAGCACCUUUAUUCAAAAAGAACGAACAGCUAGUCGAUCCAAGACUACUUAGAUCAAAUCACUACUACGGAACUAAAGGCAAUAUAAAAAUAGGUAAAGUGUAUUACAAAAGAAAUCGUCCAUAUUUCGAUGCAUUAGAAGAACUUGGCUACGAUUACCAUUUAGAUGUGAAUCCAGAUCAUCCUCUUGGUUUCACGAAUCUUAUGUUCACUAUAGGUGAUGACGUGCGCCAAACACCGGCUCAUAAAUUCUUAAAACCUCUUAAAAAUAAUAAAAAGUUGCACCUACUUGUCAAUACUUUAGCUACCAAAAUAAUAUUUGAUGAUAAUAAAACGGCUGUUGGAGUCGAAAUAUUGACCGAACACAAUGAAAAAAUUACUGUAAGAGCGAGGAAAGAGGUCAUUGUCACGUGUGGAACAAUCAAAUCGCCACAACUACUGAUGCUUUCAGGAAUCGGACCAAAAGAAGAAUUGGAAGAUAAAAACAUUGACGUUAUAGCCGAUUUGCCUGUUGGAAAGAAUUUCCAAGACCACGUUAACACAAUUUUGCUCUAUAAAAUGACAAAAAGUUCCUUAGCCUACAAUCUUGAUAAUCCAAAAAGAUAUCCUUUCGUGAUAUUUGACGGCUAUGUUGCUUUUAAUAAGUCGCAAUGCUACCCAGACUAUGAAGCUAUAUGCGUUCAUUUUGGAGAAACAUUAACCUUUUUGGGUAUAUGCGCAUUCUAUUUCAGCUACGAUAAUAAACUAUGCGAUACAAUAAACAAAGCUGCUGAUAAUAAGGAAAUUUUCAUGACAUUCGUAACUUAUUUAAAUCCUAAAUCGAGAGGGGAAAUUCUUUUAAAAAGUACUGAUCCUCGAGAUAAUCCCUUAAUCAUACCACGAUAUUAUUCCAAUGAAAUCGAUAUUGAGAAACAUGCAUCAUAUCUAGCAGAUUUUAAUCGCAUUGUGAACACAACAUACUUCAAAGAGGUUGAGGGUGAAUUUAUAGAUCCUCAAUUGAAAUCAUGUGAAGGCUUGAAGAAAAAUACUAUGGAAUACUGGAAAUGUUAUGCUAUUGCAACAGCAGAUACAGCUCAUUACUUUGUAGGCACUUGUUCAAUGGGAGCGGUUGUAAAUUCAAGACUACAAGUGUAUGGUGUCAAGAACUUACGCGUCUGUGAUGCUAGUAUUAUGCCAACUAACGUAAGAGCCUUAGCCGAAGCAUCGGUUAUGGCGAUAGCUCGUAAAGCUUCAAAUAUGAUUAUUGCGGAUAAUGGUUUGAGAAAAUAAUUAUGUAUUUUUCAAUUCGUCGCUUUCUUAUCGCAGUCUAUACCAUACAUUGUCUUGUUUGCUGUAAAUGUCUAA